CCCACUAUGCUAUGCACCACACCAAGAGGAAAAACAAAAGGUCCCCCCCGAUCGUCAGUCCAAGCAUCCCUCCAUCAAAGCACAGCAGCUCACGUAUCAACAACACCAACACAUGCUUCUAUCUAUUGCCCGCUGCUUCGCUCUGCUUCCUGGGCCGCACGCGGUCCACCACACGAGUCACUCUCGCUGACGGGGUGGCUGGCGAUGCAGUCGCGUCAUUCCCCUGCUGCUGCGGCGGUGCACUAGCAGCCGACGGCGCCGCCACGGCGGUGUCUGUGUCUUCACGCGCGAAGAGCUUCACACCAGUGACCUUCGAUGAGGACGAACUGCUGGACGGCUCACCUGCAGCUGUGCAGAAAUGGCAGGUGCAGACCCUUUGUCGUCCCCAGUGGGCGUACUCACUCACCUCUAUGGGCCUGCCGAGUCGUGCGGAACAAAUGGAUACAGUACCUGAACAGCGAUCGGCCAACAAGCACAGCACAGAGGAGUCGAUCGAUCGAAGACGUAUGUAUCUGUGUGCCGUGUGUGACGUAUAAUGCAAUGCAUGUCGGUCACCUUUUGUAUGAGAAUGCGGGUGGGGGUCCCACGAAAGUGAUGUGCGGGUAGCGCCCCGACAUCUCGCCGAGAAACCUCUCACGUGCAGCCUGCACACGACAUGGUCACAGACCGACAUGGUGCGACACAGAGGCAAGUGCAAGACGUCUGAGCUGCCUGUGUGUUCCUUACCGCGCUGACAGGUCCGCCAUUCAGCGACUCACACGCACACCUCCACACAUCAUCCCUUGUCAAGCUGGCAUGAAAGCUACGAGAUAACUGCACACCACACCAGAGGGCGACAAGCCAAUGUAAUGUCGAUGUGUUUCCGCCGCAGAGCCGUACUCGUGUGCGGCUGGCUGCCUUUCUGGUGUACGUACCCUGGCCAUGAUGCCCAGCGAUCUUGGCGGCAGGAAGGACAUGAUCAUCUCCUGGGGCGCCCCAGGGAUGCCGGGGAGGCUUGGAUGCGCUAUCUCCGUCACUGGCGACCGGCUGCUUCUCGUCAGGAUGCGGUGCAGCACCUCCUCGAAGGCACCUCCAUGCAUCGACUGCAGACAGCUCAACGAAUCCUGCCCACACCAAAAAAAACCACACAUACCGACUGGUCUCGCCUCUCUUGUUGCUCGCUACCCUUUUGUGUCUGUCCUACCUACCUGUCCCAGCAUGGGCACGGCUGCCUGCAGCAGCGCCAUCAGACGUUUCUCCACCCCCUUGGCCCGCCGCAACUCGGCACUCUGCGUCCGGACUUGCUUCUGCGACUCCUGCAGGGCCUUCUGCAGCUCAGCCACAUUGGUGGUGGCGUUAGCCUCGGGCUUGUUGUGGAUCUUGUUGGCCCUGUCGCCGAAUCUCAGGGUGGCGAUGGUCUCUCGCGCAUUGUGAGAGUGGGGACUGCAGCACAGGAUCACGGUGCAGUAGCUGCGACCACCGAAGGAAUUCUGAAGCAGACGGGUCAGCUUCGAAUCACUGAGCGAAGAGACACAAGCAGGACACAAGGUAGGUAGGUAUCACUCGUGUGCUGCUCGGUCCUCUUUGUGUGUCCGUCGUCACCGGUAGGGCACGUGGGGCAUUGCGGCCGGGUGCGUGUGUGCGGUCGUGCCUCUGGCAUGUGACGUGUGGCUGUUGUUGUGGUGCUGCUGCUUGGUGAGUGCCGAGAUGACGUUGCCGAGAGCCAGGAGGGACUGGUUGAUGGUGGUCGACUCGCGCAGCCGCUCCUGGCUCUGCACCUCCGUCUUGGACAGCUUCUCGCUGCCUGGACAACCAUCCCAUCAACCACCACACACACACGGAAGGAGUGCCAUCCAUCGGUUCUCUCUACGUGUGUAUGUUGGAGUGUGUCACUCACGACUCACUCACCUGCGAGAUCGACAAGGUAGACCUGUGAGACCCUGAAGGAGCAGUCGUCCAGGUUCUCGCGGCGCAGUGUGAGGACGAACACGGCGUGGCUGCGGCUGGAGUGCUGGUUGCGGGACGUCUCAGCCUGCAUCCGAUUUGCAGUGCCCUGCACACACACAGAUGAAGCAGACAGACAAGCAGUUAGCUGUAGGGUUGCGGUGCGACAGAUCUGUGCGGUGCAGAGGGACCUGUUUGAUGACCCCAAUAGACUCCUCUGUAUCAGCGAUGGGCACUUCUGUCGCAUUGGUGACGAUGAGGCCCUUGUCGGGCGCCUCGCGGAUCUUCAAGUUGGCCUUGACAGGCGUCAGCAAAUCCCGGACAUGCUCAUUGUAGAUCUCGAUGAACGAACAGCGCACAGAAAACCUGCACACAAGCGGGCCGGGCAGACACCUGUCUAGGCUUGCAGGUGCAUCGUGCGGUCAGCAUUGUGACCUGGCAGAGGAAUCGAAUUUCCUAAGAGUCUUGAACAGCCGCUCGAUCAGACGCGGGAUGAGCCCUCGGGUGACGGGGUCCUUGGCUGCCUUAGCCUGAUCACGAGCUGUCUCCUCCGCACCAUGGGCACCUAUCAUCGUGUAGGUUUUCCCUGACCGAACCACCAAAUACAGAAAACAAAAAAGGAGAAAAAGGAGAGUGAUCUACCAUCCCAGUCAGUCGUUCUUUCUUUGGUGUGGCAAUCUAUCUCACCUGCUCCCGUCUGCCCGUAGGCGAGCACCGAGGCCGAGAAUCCCUCCACGAUUGGCUGCACGAGUGAUGCGGCCGUGCUGCCAAAGAAGUCCUCCUGAGUGGUGUUCAUGUCGAACACACGGUCCAUGGUAAACCGAUGCUGCACCAGCUUGGGCUCGAUGCACCCCGGCUCGCGCAUCUGGACGUGGAUGUCCCGCUGGCUGGGCUGCACCGACGCCGCCAGCUCCCCUCCCUGGGCUAUCUCAUCCACACUCUCCGGACGAAGACGCACGUACACGUUGCACCCUUUCUGCAAUGAUGGUGACGGAUGGCAAUAAAACCAAACACCAGUGCAUGCAUUGAAGGCACGCAUACGAGAGUGCAGUGCAGAGCCCAUCGUGUGGUGUCGGUGGCAGCUCACCGCAGGGGCAGGAGGGGUGAGGUCCAGCUCCGAUGGCUCAUAGAGAGCAUCCCAUUCGCAGCGAGAAGGUUCGGCAGGCACCAAGCUGACCACUGAAGGACUUCUGAGGUGCGUGCGGCUUGUCGGCUGGGGCAGUCUCGCAGAGCCUCGUUUGCCCUCAUCGUCGGAAUGGUCGCUCUCGAAGUCCAGUGCCCCGCUGGCUGACCUCAAAGGAGCUGCCAGUGGCAGCACCUCACCGCGGGCAUUGCAGCUUUGACGAAAGACGGAUGACGAGGCUUCUGACGCCACCAUAUCUGACUCAUUCAUGCCCAACAACUCAGGCGCGGAAACCUUUUGCCCCUUCCUGAGGAGGCGGAG